GAAAGCGUGCUAGAGUUCCCACAGCAACACGUAACAUAAUACAGACCAGCCAAUCAGAAGACAUCUUAUUUUGUGGUUGGAAAUUUGAAAUUGAAGGACAGGAGGAAAAAAAAAGGAGCAGAGCUUGGUUGUGUGGGUGGUAGAGUGUAUACAGAUCAGGCUGUAACUGUAGAAUCGCACAUAUCUGAAGGUUGAUUUUAUUUGCUGUCUGGAUCGCUGAUUACUGCGAUAAUGAGGAAAAGUGAAGUUUUGGCAGCAGAGUCUGUGGCAUGUCUGAAUAAAGCGCUUUCUCGUCUAAAGGACAUUUGGGAAGAAAUUGGAAUCCCAGAAGACCAGCGCCUGCAACGAACCUCUGUCGUCAAGACUCACAUUAAAGGUCUUUUGGAUAUGAUGAUAGCAGAGGAGGAAAGCUUGAAGGAACGUCUUCUGAAGAGUAUUAGUAUUUGUCGUAAAGAACUUGACAGUCUGUGUAAACAACUUCACCUUUCUCCAUUUGAGGAGGAAGAAGGUAAUACAAUUUUACAACUAGAAAAAGACCUGCGAAUGCGAGUAGAAGUUAUGUUAAAGCAGAAGAAGGAGCGCAUGCAAGAAAUGAAAGCAUUGCAAGAACAAGACCAAGAUUUAUGUGACAUUCUUUGCUCAGAUCUGUACAUUAUUGAUACAGAUUCGGUGCCAAGCUUAGAUGAACUUGAAAAGUUUCGAUUGCAUAUUAAAGCACUUAAUGCUGAAAAGGAAAAGAGAAAAGCAGAAUUUGCCAAAGUAAAGCACAAUAUCGUCCUUUAUAUGGAGGAGUUGGAUCUCACUCCGGAUACAAGCUUUGAAAGGGAUGUGGUAUGUGAGGAAGAGGAGGCAUUCUGUUUGUCAGAAGAUAACAUUGCAGCUCUUCAUCAGCUCCUUCAGCAGUUGGAGCAUCAGAGGGCAGAAAGCGAGGCAUAUUGUUCAACACUGAGAAGGCAGAUAAGUACACUGUGGGAUCGGCUGCAGGUUCCACAGGAAGAGCGGGAAGCAUUUGCUGUGCACAUGAAAGGAGCCAGGGCAAAAACAAGAAAAGCAUUGCAGGAAGAGGCAUCUCGCCUGGAAGAGCUGAAACUGCAAAAUAUUCGAAAUGUGGUCAAUGGAAUUAGAAAGGAAUUGUCGUCUUACUGGGACAAAUGUUUCUUCAGUAAUGCACAAAGACAAAUGUUUACUCCUUACUACAAUGACAACUGCACAGAAGAAAUUCUGCAACUGCAUGAAAAUGAAGUUUAUAAAAUGAAACAAUACUAUGAAAGACACAGAGAACUAUUUGAAGGAAUACAAAAGUGGGAGGAAAACUGGAAACUUUUCAUGGAGUUGGAGAGAAAAGCCACUGAUCCAACUCGGUUCACAAACAGAGGAGGAAAUCUGCUGAAAGAAGAAAAGCAGAGAGCAAAGCUACAGAAGACUCUUCCCAAGCUGGAAGAGGAAUUGAAGCUUCGGAUCAAUGCAUGGGAGCAUGAACAAAAGCAAGAAUUCCUUGUUAAUGGGCGGAAGUUUUUAGAUCAUGUGAGUGAGCAGUUGGAGUUGCAUCAUGUGGAGAAAGAAAGAGAAAAACUAGAGAGGCAACUGAAGAAAAACAAGCUGAUAGAGGAGGAAAUGCUGUAUGGCAGUGUGCCAAAAACUCCGACCAAACGUAGAGUUCCAGUAGCAAAUACACCUAGCAAAGUGCGAAAGCUAAAUGCUACCUCUAUCUCCAGUACCACUUCUAACAGCACGAUGCGGUCUGCCUUCAGUGGGAUGGUUUGUCAUUCUCCAGUUUCCCGCCCUUUACCCUCUGGAGGCAAGCAUGCACAGUCUGUACGGACACCAAGUCGAUCAGUGGUAAAGCACCCUCGCAUACGUUUGGAACACAACAAGGAGAACAUGUUGCAUCUAACUGGAAGCAUCCUGACCGGUGGGUGCAUUAGCACAGCCACUUCACAUUCUAACUUCAGCAUUAAUUCUGUUGCAAGCACCUAUUCUCAGUUUACGCGAGAGCUAUCAAAGGCUACCAAACCUGAUGGAGCUUGUCAAAUUCUGAAUUCAACCACAGCUAGAGUACAACGGUGAAAAGUGACCAAGGAAAUGACAAACUAAAAAAAGAAAGUGAUUGGUACAAACUUGAAUAUCAACAAAAAUUCAUAAACUUCCAUUCACCGCUGUUAUAAUGGGGGUUUAAACAGUGUUGAAUGUAACUGAAUAUUAACAGAUAUCAGAAAUAUUAAUAAGAAACAAACGUUACUUGGACACUAAAUAUUGUAUUUAAUUAUUCAGUGAAGCACUGGUGAACUGAAAUUAAUUGCACCUUUGUAGUUACGAGCAUCUGUAUUAUUAUGUUAGCUUUAUACUGAAAGUGUUUGCUUGUGGCUGCUUCUGUUUAACAUGAAGUAUUCCAUACCGAAAAUGUUUAACUUAGUAGAUAAAAUACACAGGAAAAAAGAGAAGACUGAGUUUAUGCAAUGUACUGCUGCUAUUUCUAAGUUCAAGUAAUGCGUACUGGGGUGACUUUCUUCCAUACAGAGGGUACAGCAACUUACUAUCACUAUUCAUAGUUUUUUUAUUUUGUAAGGGUCAUGUUAUAAUAGGAUAGAGUAUCACUUUGACAGCAAAAUCUGUACUUCUGUACAGAAAUGAGUCAUGUUGUAAUAGGCUAGAAAGUCACUUUUUUCUUUUUUUACACUAACUGCAGCAUUAUACUCUGUCUGUUACAAACCUUCAUUCCAUGCAGUCAUUAAAUGCAAGCCCCUUGAACCCUUUUAUUGGCCUUUGUGCACUGUAGGCAGAAGUGGGUCAUUUGCUUAAUACAGUACUAAUUAAAUAUAAGUUACUUUAUGCAUCUUGCUCUACUAUAACAUUUAUGUUCUGCCACUGUAAACUUGACUGCACUCCAAAAAGGAAUCAUGAAAGUUUAUAAUGAACCAAGAUGGUCCAGUCAAGGCUGAGUGAAAAUGGUGGGAAAGGUGACCAUUUCACUGCCUGCAGAUUAAGAAAUGUUCAAAAAAUGAAGAUACCCUUAUUUGACUUGCUGACUGCUAUGUUGGUUUUGAAUAAGGUAGCUGUUUAUAAGCUUGCUUUCAUUCUUGAAAAAUCACUUUAAUUAGUUUUGGUUCUAAUUUAUGUAUCUUAAUGAGUUUGUUGCUGCUUAUAUAAGUUAAACAUUUCUUUUAGUUGAAGAUUUUUGGUUAGUGGGACUUCUUGGUACAUACUAUCAACUGUUGACCAUACAUGAUUUUGCCCACUUUUUGCAGAAUAGUUGUGCGACUUAAUUUUAGUCUUUUUUGUGCUCAUCUUUUAUAUUCAUAUUGUAAGUGGGUAAAAUCUGCUUUUGGGUAUGCACCAACCUCCAGCUGUAGCAUCUUAAUAGAGUUACUCCCAUUUACCAUUGCCAUUUCUCUGUAUAAACUCAGCAGAGGCAGUAAAUGUGACUGCACUGGUUUUAACAGCUUAUUUGUUGAAAAAAUGGGAUAUAUUUUAAAUACAACUUACUGUUGAACACUAAUAGGUAGUAUGCAUUCUUUGUUUUAAAUGUUUUUUUUAAGUUCCUUGCUGGUUGCAUACUAUGCCUAAAGUAAAAGCUGAUACAUUACAAAUUUAAUUCUGUACACAUACCGGCAAACUGUGUAAGUCUCUAUUAUGGCUGAAUAGGCAUGUGUGGUUUAAAAUGACAUUGUAUAAGAAGUACAUGCAGAAUUUGCAAAAAUCUAUGUUGUGCAAUGUUUUUACUGUUUGUACUGCUGUAGUGUUCUUUCUUUUGCAAUCAGACUGCUAGUAGUUUGUAACCUUAAAUUCUGUUCCUGUUUUUAAUACAUUUUCUUACACUGUAUCUUUUGAAGUUUGUCUUUCAGCCUGUCUGCUCUAGGCGGAUCAGUCUUGAGCCUGUUUCUUUCUCAAGCGGGAGCCCUUCCACUGGAUGAGGUGAGAGUCGUCUCAAGGAGGCCAUCAGCCAAUUAGGCGUAAAGGUGGUUCAUGGCCGACUCUAUCAAUUCUUGUACUGUGCUUGGGGGCAGGAUGCAUCCGAAUUUCAGGUUAUCUGAUUAUCUUAACCUUCCCCAAACAGAGAGAGUGUUUCAGAACAGAAUGCAAUGUAUCCUAAGUCAUUCCUAGGCUGCAGAAAUGCACAAUCACCCUGUCCACAAGGCCACAUCAUGAUGAUGCAGAGCCAAAUGGCAUUUUCUUUUUCAAUCCAUAUCUCACUCCUGAGGGUUGACAUGUAUACCUCUAUCAGUUUGGGAGUUUUACAGUACUUCCUGCUGCGCAUACAUGUUUCUGCAUAUGCACAUUUAAAGCUGCCAUUACCUGCUUGGUAAAACCAAGCAUGUAUCCAAGAAUACUCAGGCUACCAUUGGCUGCUCACUCCUUCCUUCUCUUUGAAUCCCCCAAAAUCCAGUCCCCUAAUUGAAUCGUAGUCAUCUGGAUCACAGUCAGAGCUUUAUCCUCCCCUGGCAAAGAGCUGAUACUACAUUUUGUUAUGUUUCAUAAGGGCAGAAAUUUUUAUUACAUAAUUUUAUCAAGUACCAACAUUUCCACCAACUCCAUGUUUUCUUGCUCAUUAAAUUCUAAUUGCUACAGUCACAUUUGUAGUACCUGCCCCAAAGGUAUAUUUUGGUUAUAGCACUGAUAUGUUGACUUUUUGUGCUGAAGCACUUUUGCUAGUGAAGUUUGUUUUACACAAGAUUUGCAAGAAGUAAAUAAAUGGUUGUAAUAAUUCACUUAAACCACAGACAUAAAUAGUACUUAACUAUAUUUUAUGAUUUGGAGAGGAAAAAUGCUAUGGAAGUUUCAGCAGUACUGUGGAUUAUACUUCACAUUUACAUACUUUUUUUUAAUUUUUUUUGUGUACCUACCCCUUUGCCACCAAUAUCCACCCAUUCAUGUUAGACUGUUCUUUUUUCUCACCCACACUUAUUAAUGAGAAGGGGUUCCAACUGAAUCGUGCAAUACUUUGCAGGCAGGCCCUCCCUUUCCAAGGACAGAGCGACAUUGUGGUUUGUUACACCCUAAGGCAAACUCUUUUCUCCCACCUACUUAUUGUCUAGACAUGGAUCUGGCUGAAUUAGCUGUACAGGUGAACCAUCCCUCUUCAGUAAGAGAGCAACCUUGUUCUUUUUCCCCUAAGACACUAACUUAGGUUUAGUUGAAGCUAUGAAGUUGCCUUUGUUCUAAAUACCUUAUUGAUAGACAACUCAAUGAUGCAGUACAAAGUGAAAGACAUUCUGAUCAAGUUCCACAUCUUGGUGUUUAUGGUGACAACUCUAUUUCACUAGCAUGUAAAUAUCGCUAUUUUGUACCAUCAUUCAUGACCUAAGUUCCAGUAGUACAGUGAGGAUUCAUUUUUUUAAUAAACCAGUAGUCUUGAUUUCUGACUGCCUAGUUUUUCACAUGCAGUCAAAAUGGCCACUAGUGCAAGCUUGUUAUAAAACCACACAAAGGUAGUUUGCCACAACUUCAAAAGCUUGUUUUUAAUUCUUCUUUCUCUGAUAUGCUAGUUCUGAGCUGCUUGCAUUUCUUCCCUCAUUUUUGUUUUUCCCCUGCCUUACACAUUUCUGUUUUGUUGUAACUCUGACCAAGGCUCUGCAGUUUAUUCUUCACUGACUUUGCUGUAUGGUCCAGUUCAAAGUCAUGGCAACUUCCAUGCAGAAGGUUGCGAAACACACAAUUUCAAAUACACAACAUUUCAUAUUGUUUUACGAGAUGUGUAAGCAAAAGUUUCCAAGUGUUUUAAAAAGAGCAAAGCUCCACAAUCCCUCUGCUAAAUUAUAAGGUCACUACACAAUGGGGAAUUGGGAAAUACUUUUUGGGGGGGAAAAUUGUGAGUAUUUUCCUUUCACUUUCACUUGUGGUAAAUUUAGAAUGGUGAACUGGCAGUUGUGAACAGUGUUUGAUUCAAUUUCUUGUGUUUUGCUGAAUUGUCAGUAUCUCAUACAAUUCAACACGUCUUUAAAAGAUGAAUUUCCAUCCUUCCACUUGCAUUCAUCAUUAGAACUCCUUAUAACAUUUCUUGUCAUGAGGUCUAUAUUUUGUUCUCCUGAGUUCUUAAUUCAGUAAGGCAGGAAUAUAAAAGAAAUGACAGAUCCCUCAAUCUUCCAAACAUUAUAAGGAGUUCUGUCACUCUACUCAAGGCUUUGUGCAUCUUGUAUGAAGUACCACAUUUCCACUACAUCUAAAAUGUCACACUACCCAGGUGGAGUAUGCUAAGUAGUCAGACAUUUAAAGUACUAAAUGGAGAUAAUGGAUAUCUGGUGUCUUGCUAACAUGUCUGUCUCUCCUGUUCUGAGUAAUCCUGGUGAGAAUACUUUCUUUACCUUGUACCAACAGUGAUAUGCCUUUACUCUGCUGAACUGUAUCCUCUGGUGCUGUACACUGUAGAACACAAGUACAACUUUCUUGCUUCCUGUCUUAACAGUUUCUUCAAGUCCUGCGUCUCUUUAUACCUCCUUUGACUUGCUGCAGCAUGCCUUUGUCAGAGCCACGUGGCGUGUGUACCCACAGCAUCCCCAAGUUUUUCCAAUUUCUUGCACAGUUCAGAUUUUAUCCUAGCAUACACUGUUGAAAAGUUCCCACUUUCAGUUCCUAAAAAGCAUAAACCUUCAAAUAUAUCUGUGUGCCAGAAUAUUAUGACUGCAACAAUUGAGGUUUUAUUUACCUGGGGCUUGACUGCCAUAGGUGUCAUACAGUUAUAACAUUAUGACAUAAAUAUGUGCUUGUGCGCUGCUAUACCUGCUCUUGUUUUGCUAUGUUUUUUACAGUGUUUAUGUACUAUUUAAUUUACCACGUGGAACUAUUUCAUCAUAUUUAUUAUUUAGACAGCUUUCCUUUCAAAUACAUAACCAGGUCAGUGCCGUUUUGUUGUGAAUAGUCUGCUUGUUUUGCUAUUAUAUUUUUUUCUGCAGUUAUUUAACUUGCAUAGCUUUGUUGGGGCUUACACUCUUGGGUACCCAGUAGGGUCAAAGUGGUUAUGAAAGCAUACAUUUUAGUUUUCUAACUCUGUCAAGAAAAUGAGGCCUUCAUUAUUUUCUAGCUGUUGCCACUGGUAUAGGGAGAUGCACUACAGGGGCCAGCAGGAAAUUGCAUUUAUACAGCCCGAGGUUAGAAAUGGAAAGUCCUACUGUAGUGGUCUAAAUCAAGUUCUGUUCCUAGAAUGUCUCUGUGUAAAGGUCUAACAAAGCUACAGUGAUUGCUGAGUUCUUAUUCCCCCCUGCCCCCAACGUUAUCCUCUAGCAAGAUAUUUUCAUUCUAUUGGAUUGUUUGUGAACAGCCAUGAGGUUGAUUGGUGAGGACCCCCCUAGCACUAACUCUUUAUAGAGGUUUAUGAUGUGAUCACUAUAUCUUCCUGUGCUUGACAACAGAUAAUUUUCAAAAAUAAGCCAUGCCUCUAGGUCUAAACUCAAGCUCUGAUACCAGCUUUCUUUGUUUUCUCCAUGCUAUAUAUAAUUCACUAGCAAUGGUUAAGACAGUUUUUACAGGCCUUCCUGAUGCCAUUUCAAAGUUUCUAGCCUGCACUGUCCCCUUUCUAGGUGUGAUCGGCUUAUCCAACAUCUGGUGGAAGAUUGCUGAAUAGAUACUGGGAAGCACUGUUAUUAAUUUAGUUCAGUGCUAGCAUUUGGAAUACAAAACCUUUCUUACUCAUCUGUUUCCAAGGUCAAAGCAAUAAGUAUCAUUGAAACUUACUUCAGUUGGUGAUGUCCUUUUGUCAGUGAAGGUUUCAGAAGUCCCAGCACUUAGACAGUUUACCUCUGGGUUGCUCCCUUAGCCCUUUUGGGCUGAUGUUUCUGAAUUCUCUGCCCCCUGUUUACUAAUUUUAGUCUUCCCUUAUGGAUCAAGUCUCAGAAAAGGUUGUCUGCCUUUUACUAGCUCCAGUAAAUAGAAAGAAGGUACUUGACGCUGGCUGUGGCUUACUGCAGUAGACAGGUUGGACAGGACUGCUGUUACAGUGUUUGCUUACAGAGACCAGCCUGGAAAGAUUAGUUGUUUCCAUAGGAAACUAUACAGUGCAAUUUUACAUGCUACCUUAAACAGUAAGGUUACCUUUAAGAAGCCAUUUUAAUAGAUCACAAAGUCUUCCUGAGAGAGAGAGAGACAGCUUCCCACCAUGGAGUGAGAAUAUCAUUCUCCUGCAAAGUGGUCUCAGUCAUUUUAAAAGGAGGAAGUCAUACAGGUAUCAGGCUGGCAAAUUUUUGCUCUGCCUUCCUUGACCCUGCAGCCAAGUCCUUUAAAAUGUCUGUGUGCAAUUCAGUUCCACAGGACUGUCUACAUACUACCUAUUUGAAGUGCUGGUAGGUUAUGUUUGCAGAGUUCGUCAGACUUUUGAGUCAUUACUCAGUUUAAAUGGUCCUGAGUAACUUAGGAAAAAGUUGCACAUUUUAGACCUAGCCAGUAACUUCCUAUGUGAGACAGGCAUGAUAGAACACAGAUGUGGUAAGUCUGCUUCCUUCAUUUCCCCAAAGAUUCAUUAGGAGCGGCAUUAAUGGUGAAGGAGACUUGUGCUUCUCAUACUUUGAGUUUAUGGUCCCUAUGGUAUUAUGUAAUACUGGGAGUGUGCUGAUUUUCUUCUGGGAGUUGACUUGCAGUCACAGUAAUGCACACUUAGGGGAUAUAGUUUGAUGAUAGCACAGGGUGCUGCACAUGCCUGUGAAGAUUAGGCAUUCCUUCCUUUGUGUAUUUCCCUAAAUGUUGACCUGUAUACCUCCUAGUACCCAAAUGCUGUUCAAUCUCAACAUCUGCUACUAGGCGAUUACAGGUUAUCUACUGCUGGAGGUAGAGAUAGGAGGGUGUCCCUAUUUCCCCCUCAGUCAGUCUAGGAGACUGAUUCUGAGGGCAAUAUAGUGUUUUGAGACAAUGAUGGAGGUAGUGUACUACUUGUGGUUUGGCCCAGUGACCCCUUCUGUGUAGAAAGUGAGACACAUUAGAACAUCUGUGAAUUGAUGUUCUAUACCUCUAGUUUCUCACCAGAAGGUCAGUACAUGAAGGGUGUCGACCACUAAGGUCAUUCCCUACUUUGACCCUGUUUUAAUUGUACUUUUUAUUGGCUUGGUAGCUUUCAGAUUCUACAACUACUACUGCUAAAAAGAUAGCCUCUAUAAAAUCCCAUUAGAGAGAGGUAAUGACAUCGUUCCAAGCAUACUAAGGCAGUCUUAAAUAUUUGUAUGGCCCAGCAUAGGUCACAGAUAACCACAAUAUUUUACCACUUUGCUGCAGGAAAAGGAAAGCAAAGCUUUGUACAUGAUGAGCAAAAUGGUAUUUUCUUCUGCCGCACUAAGCUUCAACUAUAAAUUAUAUGGUCUGUUUGUCUCCUGCUUCUGUUGUGAUCAGGGUCUGAAGAAAUCAGUAGAGCUCCCUGGUUCUAUGGUUAGAAAGUCUAAGGUCAAUACCAUUGUAACUGCUUCCUCAGUGGACUUCCACAUAGGUCUUUACUUGUUUGAUUUUGCUGAUACUGAGGCUAGAGCAAGAGUAAUCAAAUGCAGAUCUGUGCCAAGUUCAAGUUGGUAUUGAAGAAUGAGCUGAUACUGUCCAUUCUAGAUCUCCUGUUCGGGAAAGAUGUAUUUUUCUUUUGGCAAAUUUCAUGGGUUCUUUUUGAAGACCUACAAAAGAAUCAGUUUAUUAUUGCAGAUGGCCUUUAUAAUGUGCCCCCUCCCAAGUGCCUCUGCUUCUGAUGAGACCAUUACAGAACAAAGCAGCAUUCUUCAAAGUGAAGUGAUAGUUGAGAAUCAAGCAGACCUCCUUCUGUUGGCUUCCUCUGAGAUGUUAACCAGAAUGUCGGCCCCACAGCAGACCUUAUUACUGCUCAGAACUGGACACUGGAGGCUGGUCUGUCUGAGGUUUCCCCCAUUUGGAGACUCAUCACAGAUGACUGAUGGGUUUUAGACCUGAUAUGCAGUUGUAAUAAUGCUUGUUAGGUUGCCUGCUUUAAAAGCUCCCUUGAAAAUACAGUUGAUCUCGGUGGAGCUCAUGUAAUAGUCCAGACUCUACUUCGGUGGGUCAUAAUACCGUGUCUCAUAACUGCAAUAAGUGGCUUGUGCACAAUACUAGAAUUAGACCUUAGCAACUUUGUGACUAUAUCUGUAAUGUCAUUUUCUGGAUGUUGGGUCUUCAGGAGAUACUGCUGUUGCUUCCAUACACUGCCUUUAUUGUAUCACUUUGCAUGAAUGCUCUCUGGCACAUAAUGCAUCAAUAUCAUGGACCGUUAAAAAGUUCCAUAGUUUUGUUUUGUGUUUCCAGUGUUCAUAUCAAAAUUAAUGCUAUGGUAGCAAAAGUUUUGAAGAAGUGUCUUGCUCUUCAAGCACCUGGAACUGCUUAGGGUCUCCAUCAAAGGACUCUGUGAUAAUGGACCUUGAGUUGGGUCCUUCCAUGACAGCAGAUUCAAGAGAUCUGUCUAAACUUGAAGUCUUCUAUUGUCCCAGCAAGUGCAGUGUUUGAUACUUUGUAAUGUACAUCAUUCCUACUCACAGAGACUGCUGUUAUAAAGUUUACUUUGGCUUCCUGUGUGAAGAUUCUAAGAAAGGUGGAAGACUCAAUUCAUCUGUACAUCUUGGGCCUGGUGGUUGCACCAACUAAACUGUUUCAUUCAUCCAACUACAAAUUAGGAUUUUUUUUUUUUAUAACAACAAUGAGGUGUCAGUGGCUAUACUUGUCUCAUUCUCUCAGACCACCUUCUUUUAAUGCCGGACUGCUUUUAUUUACCUCAAGAGUUGGCAGAUAAUUCUUGCUAUAAUCAUUGUGGGCCCACUUGUGGUACUGGAACAACCACAUCACUAUGCAGUUGUACUCGUGUGCAAAAAAAGUAUUGCAGACAUUAGAGUGGGUCUCAUACUUGGGGCAUCUCCCUCAACAGUGGCUCGCAUCGUGGAAGAACUGAACUUCUUGGUGGACUCCCUUAGCUGCAGUUCAUUCUUCUCCUGGAGCUACAGAUAAGGGAGUCCUGUCUGGUUGAAUCUCCCAAGAAAUGGGGUACCCCAAAGAUUGACCUCUUCAUGAAAGCAGUUCUUUGUAACUCUGAUUUAAUAGGGAAAGGUGGAGUUGUCAAUGGACGUUAUUUAUUUUGGGUAGUCUUUCAUUUCACUAAGAACUGAUUUGUGGAAACCUCAGGGUUGUAAUAGAAAAGAAGGGAUCUCCAUUUGCAUGGAUGUUUUUAUGUAGGAAGAGGGUCUUUCUGUCCAUGACAAAAAAAGGUUAUUCUGCUAGUAGUGAUGAAAUGGACCCCCAAUCAGUCCUUGAUUAAGUAUGUGAUAUUCCUCUCCAGAGCAGGAUCAUAUCCAUUUUAUGCCAGCACAGUCUCCUGAUGGCUUGCUUCACAUCCAGAAGGUCCCUUGUAUGUGAUUGACCUUCAGAAGAAAACUUCAUAAGUGACUGAAGUUGCCAGGAAGCCUUUCACUCAUCACAUUUCUAUUAUGUUGAGUGGUAAGUGUCUCCAUUUGGGCCAUGAAGUAUCAUUGGUAUUACAGGUGCUCAUUUUUGAACUGAAUCACUGUAACAGUUAACUAACUGCUUUAGGGUUUUAUCCCACCUAUACUGUCCUUGUCUCAGACAGGUUUUUAGAGUACCAGCUUAUAUGGGUCCCUAUGUCUCCAUUCCAUGGAAUAUUGCUAUGUGUAUGAGGCAGCUUUGUAAAGUCAGCAUAGUUGAGCAAUUCAUUUCUUCUCACUUCAGUUGCUUCACACCCUGCAUCAACUGAAGAAGCUUUUCAAUAUCUUAAUGGCCUUUGAUGCUACUUUUAAAGGCUGCCAUGUCUGGAGUUUCCUUGAGCAGACUUGAAUUAAAAUCUAUUCUUAUAAGAAUAAUACAGGAAGACUGAUUGAUUGUUUUAUUCUCAUGUCAUAGCAACAGUCACCUCAUACUCUAUACCAGAAUACCUAUACUGCUAAAUGGAAGGAUAUGUAUUCUCAGAGCCUUUAAAAAUAAAGAAGUUUAAAGGAAAACAGUCCAACAGCAGCUCAGAUCCCUCUGAGAAGGGAAGAUGCAACCAAAAAUCUUUAGAAUGACUCCUGUCUCCUUGCUCAUGUUUCAUUACCCCUAGGAGGUGAAUCAUCUUAUGUGAUGAAUGUGUGCUUCAUACAAUUUAAACAUUUUUAGUAUACAUUUUUCAAACACCACAGCUAUAACUUGUCUCAUGAAUGUUCUCUCUUGUACACCUUUAGAGUCAGAUUUUGCCUGUCUGUAGUCCCUAUAUAACAACUGAACUUCAGGGAGGUCGUCUGCAGUGGGUAAUGACUACCCUUACUACAUCUUCUGGUGCCAUAUGGCCUCUAUCUUCCUUUGUUGAUUUAUAUUUUUCUGCAAGGCAUUCAGUUAUAUCAUUUAUAUUCUUUUUAUCUUCUGCAGGUGUACUUCACUCAUUUUCAUGGAGAUAUUGCUAUGGAGCCCAUGUGAUGGGUACCUGGUAGCCUAGCAGAAGCCUAACUUGUCCCUAAGCACAGCAGUCAGAAACUGCAAGAAGUACUUGUGCUAAUAUCAGGCUAACAGAUAAGGGAAUUCUAGUAGUGACCAUUUGUAAGUGAACUUCUCUCACAAGUCAGCUAAUGUACAUACACCUGCUAUUUUCUGAAUGGGUUUUACAAAAAUUGAAGUUAGAAAAUAAAAAAGGUUUCUGCAAAAAGAUCACAGCUGGUUUCACUUGGCUGAAUUGUUUCCCUACAUAUACAAGACCUAGACAUGACCAGAGAAUGUUAAAAUAUUUCUUUGCAUCCACAGUAUAAAGUCCAACCUUAUCUUUUACAGUGUUACUUUUCACUUUGGUUAAGGAACACCUUUCAUUUUUCGACCCCUUAUAAAGAAACCGCUGCAUCACUUUUUAAUAUGUAUAUUCAGCACCUUAAAGAGAUUCAAAGACUUUUUAUGAGCACUGUAAAUGGCCAUACUUUGUGAGGAGGGCUGGUUAGUAGGUGAGGCAAGGAGAAUUCUAAAAUGUGCAUCAUUGCAGUCUGUAUGAUGGUGUGUUAUGAAGUGCAAACUCCAUUAAUUGUGUAAAUUAUGAAAUACUGUAAUAAAUGUAUAUAUUGUAUGUAUAUAUGACAGUUCUGUACAGAAUUACAACCCUUAAUUAUUCAAUAUUUUAAAGGUCGUGAGAUGUUCUUGCACCGUUUUGUAGACCAGCAAUGUUCUAAAAUGCUUAUGGUCCGCACAGAUUAUGAAAAUGUAUUCAGAUUUCCAUUUUACAGUACAAUAUGAAAAAGGUAACGGAGUGCUUUAGUGCACAAGCCUGUAUUCUGCCACUUUUGUUUUGACUUCCCAUGAAUUCUGCCCUUUUUUUUGCUUUACCCCCUAAAAAAAAUGUAUCCAAAUAUGUUUUCUGUACAUAUUUGCCUUUUUGGCAUGUUUUUGUUUUGUAGUGUGUUACCAAUGACUGUGGAGUAAAACAGAUUUAUUGUACCGCCUUUGCUUUGAUGCUGUAAAUCUAAGUCUAGAAAAUAACCUGUAUAUUUGUGUAUAAUAAAUGCAAAAAUGCUUUAUGUUCA